GUUCUGCUUAUAUGCAUACAACAGAUGGUGUUUCCUAAUCAUCAUCAAGCUUAACUUUACUCGGAUUAAAAUCUAUGGUAUUGCUUCAUUUUUAUAAAAAGUGAAGCAAUUGCAACAUAUUUAUGGUAAUCAAACAUAUUUCAUAAAACAUUGGCAUUUAUAUAAGAAACACAAUGGUGUCUUCAGAUACUCUUCAUGUCACACAAGAAGGUAUCUUUUUAUCUACAUUGCCUAAGGACUUUAUCUAUUCUACUCAGAAAACAAUUCAGUUAUCGACACAGUCAUCCCCUCUUGAAACAAGAGAACUUAUUAUACUGCCAAUAUGCGCUUUAGUGAUUGUAUUAUUAAAUCUUCUUGUUGUCGGAGCAUUUGUUUAUGAAAAAAAACUACGGCGACGCCCUGCAAACGUUUUAAUAUUUAGUCAAGCAAUGAUAGACUUUGUAAUCGGCACUCUAUUUAUACCGUUUCAUAUAAUAGAGAAACACUACAAAACUGAAAUCAUUCUCAACUAUUUAAUUUACUACAUACUAUUUAUUUCUUUAUUUAAUCUUCUCGCUUUAUCUGCAGAUCGCUACCUGGCAUUAUCAAUGCCUUUUUUUCAUUAUCGGGUUGUCGAUAAAAGAAGAACUGUAAGACUCUUGAUUAUUGUAUGGAUAGUGCCUUUGUUUUUGACUUUGAUACCGUUAUGUUGGGAAUUUAAAUUUACUGAGACUAAAAGUAAAUAUACUAAAACCUAUUUGACCAUUUCGUGGGCUUUUAUGCUGAUCUUAGUGUUAUUAAUGACAAUUUUAUAUUUGUUUAUCGUAAUAAGAGCAAGAAAAACUAUAAGAAAAAAACGACUUUCGAUCGAGAAAAAAUCAUUUAAGAAGAAAGUUGAACUGGAACGUAAAGAACUUCGAGUCAUUCAUUUGUUUGGUUUGCUGCUAUUUUUUUUUGUAGCAGCCUACAUACCUAUACUAUAUAUGAACUACUACGUUAUAAUAGAUAUGAUUAAUUCCAUACCACCAAUUGUGGAGAUUUUAAGUAUUUAUUCACUAAUUUUAAAUAGUCUAGUAAAUCCUGUAUUAUGUAUUUAUUUAAAACAAGAUUAUAGUCAAGUAAUUUUGACAAUAAUUCAAUUUAAGGUGGGGUUUAUUAUCAGAAGCACUUCAAAAAGUUCAUCAACAAAAACGAACCUUACCGAACUCGCCUAUGAGUGUGAAUAUUCAUAUGAAGGAUCCCGGCACAAUAAUUCAAAAAAAAACCGUAAAAGUUCUAGAGAACCAUAUCAUCAUAACCGCACGUCACUAGUUUAAUGUGCGUUUUUACUUAUAUUUAACAAUUAUUUUUUUGUUAAUUUUAAAAAUUAAUUUAUAAUAAAAAAAUUCAUUUA